AGCCGGGCGCGUGACGCCAGAAGGAGGCGCCAAGCGGAGGCCAGAACAACAACAACAAGAGUGGCAGCCGGGCUUUUUUCUGCGCGGAGAGAACGAGAAUCCUUGAAAGCUGGGCAAGACAGCGAGGAGGCGUGGCCUGGCGAGCUUCUAAGCCACGCCCCUUUCCUCCCCUCAGAGGGGGGCGCGCGCUGGGAAGAUGGCGGAGGCGGCGUGAAGAGAGAGAAGGAGGAGGAGGAAUAGGAAUGGAGGCGCUCCUUCCUCCUUAGCCUUUGGCACCUCCAGGGAAUUGAGUCGGGGAGGCCUACCUGUCUCCCUUCAAGCCUUGCCCCGUUUCGUUUCCCUCACACCCGGCAUUCCCUUGCCUUGUCGCCACCAUGCCUUGGCCCUUCUCCGAAUCCAUCAAGAAGAGGGCCUGCCGGUACCUGCUGCAGAGGUACUUGGGCCACUUCCUCCAAGAGAAGCUGAGUCUGGAGCAGCUCACGCUGGAUCUCUACCAAGGGACUGGCUCCUUGGCACAGGUGCCCCUGGAUAAGUGGAGUCUUAAUGAGAUUCUAGAAUCAGCGGAUGCUCCUCUGGAAGUCACCGAGGGAUUUAUACAGUCAAUUUCUCUAUCCAUUCCCUGGGGCUCUCUCCUUCAAGAUAAUUGUGCACUUGAGGUGAAAGGUUUAGAAAUGAUCUUCAGACCAAGGCCUCGUCUAGCUUCUGGUUCAGAGCCCAUGUAUUGGUCAAGUUUUAUGACAAGUAGUAUGCAGCUUGCAAAAGAAUGUCUUAGCCAAAAACUGACAGAUGAACAAGGAGAAGGGUCACAGCCUUUUGAAGGACUUGAGAAGUUUGCUGAAACCAUUGAAACAGUUUUAAGAAGAGUCAAAGUCAACUUUUUAGAUACUGUUCUGAGAAUUGAGCAUGUGCCAGAUAAUUCUAAAAGCGGAACAGCACUUGAAAUUCACAUUGAGAAAACAAUGUAUUGUGAUGAAACUGCUGAUGAAUGCUCUGGAAUUAAUGUCCAUCAGCCCACUGCUUUUGCUCACAAAUUGCUGCAGCUCUCAGGUGUUUCUUUCUUCUGGGAUGAAUUUCCAGCAUCAGCAAAAUCCUCACCUGUGUGUUCGGCUACACAGUUGGUAACUGAACCUAAACUUUCACCAAGCUGGAACCCUAAAAUCGUGUAUGAGCCACACCCACAGUUAGCAAGAAAUGUGCCAGAGGUUUCUCCUUCUGAUCCUGUACAGAUAUGUAGGUUGAUUGGAAAGAUGGAACUCAGCCUUACAUUAAAGCAAAAUGAAGUGCUUCCAGGAGCAAAGUUGGAUGUAGACGGACAGAUAGAUUCUAUUCACCUGUUCCUGUCACCCAGACAGGUGCAUCUUUUGCUGGACAUGUUAGCAGCUAUUGCUGGGCCAGAGAAUCCUAGCAGAAUUCAGUUAUCUAAUAAAGAUAGGAAAAAUCGACCAAUGCAACAGGAAGAUGAAUAUCGGAUCCAGAUGGAGCUCAACCGCUACUUAAGGAAAGAAAUUUCUCCAGUAGGUAUACAAUGCGAUCGAAGCUUUUGUGAGACGGAGACAGCCAGAACUCCUUCAAGUCGUGAAGAAGAAGUUUUCUUUUCAAUGGCUGACAUGGAGAUGUCUCAUAGUCUUUCCUCUUUGCCACCCCUUGGAGACCCACCAACUAUGGAUUUAGAACUUUCUGUAAAUAGUACAUACGCUGCAACUCCAUCAGAAUCUCCACUUGGUACUACAGUGCAGCAACCAGUGUGGGGGGGAUUUCUUGAACAACACAAAGAGGAGCCACCACAACUAAGAAGCUCACCAUUUAACCCCAGUGUUAUCCACCCAACCCCUCUACGAAGGACUUCUCUUCCAUCCAGAUCUGUUUCAGUGGAUGAAUCUAGGCCCGAACUUCUUUUUAGGCUAGCAGUGGGUGUUUUCUCAGUGUCAGUGCUCCAUAUCGAUCCUCUACCACCACCUGAAACAUCACUAAAUAUUAGUCCACUGACACCAAUGGCGCAGGAUUUUUUUACCAGAAUAGAAAAGGUUAAUCCAGCUGAGUUUCCAACAGAAGAUUUUAUGUCCUUCCGAGAAGUAUUUGCAAAGGCUUGUUCACAUGACCAUCUUAGAUUUGUAGGUACAGGCAUCAAAGUGUCCUAUGAACACAGACAAAGAUCGGCCUCCCGUUGUUUGAGUACAGAUUUAUCCAUUGGACAAAUGGAACUUCUGGAAUGUCUUUUUUCUACAGACUCUCAUUCUGAAAUACCUCAUUAUACAGAGCUGCUGAUGUUUAAUUCUGAAAAACAAGGAAAUAAGCUGCACCCUCUCUCAUGCCUUCAGCUCCAUUACAAGCACUCAGACAACAAAGGACCUCAGGGCAGCCAAGGGAGACUGAGCUCAGUUCCACAAAAAGCAGACUUACAAAUCAAGCUGAGUCCGGCAUUCUGUGAGCUGGAUAUUAGCAUUGUAGACAGACUAAACUCAUUGCUUCAACCACAGAAGUUAACCACAGUGGAAAUGAUGGCAUCACAUAUGUACACCUCGUACAACAAACACAUUAGCCUGCACAAAGCAUUUGCUGAAAUUUUUCUGGAUGAUUCACGUACUCCUGCAAACUGCAAAGUCUCAGUUCAAGUGAUGGCACCAUCUUUGAAGGUUUCAGUUCGCUUUCCAAUACCUGACCUACGAUCAGACCCAGAACGAGGACCCUGGUUUAAGAAGUCUCUUCAGAAGGAAAUUCUGCAAUUAGAAUUCACAGAUAUAGAACUGAAAACUGAAUUUACUGGAGGGCCGACUCCAGAGCAAGUUAAAUUGGAGCUCACUUUUAAAGAACUAAGUGGGUCAUUUGAAGAAAGCAAAGAUGAAUCAGCUGUACAGUUUUUUCAGGUUUCCAGUGGUGUAGCUGGAGAGAUGGUUUCAUCAGACAACUUUGACUGGCCACGAAUUGUCCUAAAAAUAAAUCCACUUGCCAUACAUUCCAUUCUGGAAAGAGUAGCACCUGAGGAGGAAGAAGAAGUUGAUGGUCAUUUCCAAGAAGAAGAGGAAGGUGGAUCUCAUUCUCUGAAAGACGUGUGUGAUUUUAGAAGACCUGAACCAUCUCCCUUUUCCUCUCGAAGGGUCAUGUUUGAGAAUGAAGAGAUGGUGAUGCCUGGUGAUACAGUGGAGAUGACAGAGUUUCAGGAUAAAGCAAUCAGCAACUCGCAUUAUGUGCUGGAACUUACGUUACCAAAUGUAUGCUUAACAUUACCAAACAAAAGUUUUUAUGAGAAGCUUUAUAACAGGAUCAGUAAUGAUCUGUUACUGUGGGAACCCACAGCUCCCUCUCCUGUAGAAACAUUUGAAAACAUUUCUUAUGGUGUUGGACUUUCAGUAGCAAGCCAGCUGAUAAACACGUUUAGUAAAGAUAGUUUUAGCCAAUUCAAAUCUACCAUUCACUAUGAUGAUGAGAGUGGAUCUGAGGAGGAAACAUUACAAUAUUAUUCUACUCUUGAUCCAAACUACUGUUCACGGAGAAAGAAAAAAACUGAAUCUCAAAAUAGGAACACACAGAACUUCCUCUCAGUUCUUUUGAAUAUUAACCAUGGAUUAAUAUCAAUGUUCACAGAUAUCAAGCAGGAUGAUGGAAGUAUAUGUGAAGACAAACAUGGAGAAUUUUGGUUUGAAUUCAGUGGUGGUUCUUUGUUCUGUGUAACAAAAUAUGAAGGCUUUGAAGACAAGCACUAUAUCUGCCUUCAUUGUAGCAGUCUCAGUUUGUAUCAUCAAGGAUUGGUUGAAGGGGUAGUGCCUCCAUCUGAAAUAAGGCUGCCAAGUACAACACAUCCUCAUUGGUUAGAACCUACUAUUUAUUUCUUGGAAGAAGAAAGUCUCAGCAGAGCUCCUUCAGAUGGUGUGGGAGUGGACAGCAUAAGCAUGUUGUCUGUUGCAGUUAAAAUACAGUCAAAUAAAUCAGAGAGCAAUACAAAGGAGUUUUUAGUUGCUGUUGGGCUUAGAGGAGCCACCCUGCAACACAGAGUACUUCCUUCCGGUUUAAGCUGGCAUGAGCAGAUUUUGUAUUUUUUGAACAUUUCUGAUGAGCCUAUCUUGGGAUAUAAUCCUCCAGCCUCUGUUACGACGUUUCACGUCCAUCUCUGGAGUUGUGCUCUAAAUUAUAGGCCUUUGUUUUUGCCAACUAGAUCACUUCUUACUGUUGAAACGUUUAGCAUCUCAAGUAGCGUGGCACCGGAUAAGUCAUCUUCUACUCUCAGAAUAAUCUUGGAUGAGGCUGCCUUGCAUCUGUCUGACAAAUGUAAUGCUGUGACAAUGAACCUUCAAAGAGAUUUUGUUCGAGUAAUGGACAUGGGACUCCUGGAACUUACCAUAAAGGCAGUGAAACCUGGAUCUGAUGGAGAAAGGAGUAAGCCACGCUUUGAACUGCAUUGUUCCAGUGAUGUUAUCCAUAUUCGAACAUGCUCCGAUUCUUGUGCAGCAUUAAUGAAUCUUAUCCAGUAUAUCGCCAGUUAUGGUGAUUUGAAUCCACCUGCUAAGGUCGAAUCUUCUCCUGGAGUGAUUAAACAAAAUGCAAAGGCAGAUACUUCCAGUCGGCCACCUUCCCAAGGGCCUGUUCUUGCAGAAGCUGACCAACAGAUUUUACGGGAUUUGAUGAGUGAUGCUAUGGAAGAAAUUGAAACCCAACAUCUUACCUCCCCCACUAAACCACAAGCUAAUGGAAGUUUGGAUGAAAAAACUCAAACUCCAGCACCGUCUUGCUCAGAUCUUUUCCUCUUUCCUGAUGAAAGUGGGAACUUGUCCCAGGAUUCAAGCCCCACGUAUACAUCAUUCACUCCAAAUAUGAUUAGUGAAGCAAUAGGAGAUGUACCAUCUGAAAAUGAUGACUUCUGUAUUCUUUUUGCACCAAAAGCUGUUGUCUCUGAUAAGGAAGAAGAGCCAGUAGUGAAAAAAUUGGUUGCUGAAGCAAUCCUGGUAAAAGACAACCAUUUCAGCCUGCCUUUAAGAAGAACAGACACAAACAAAGGGCUGUUGCGCUUUCCUGUGCCGUUGAUUCGCUAUGUUGUGAAAGAAAUAUCACUCAUUUGGCACCUUUAUGGGGGGAAAGACUUUGGGAUUGUACCACCUACAUCUCCAGCUAAAAGCUACAUUAGUCCUCAGAGUUCGCCUUCGCACACACCAACAAGACAUGGACGUAGCACAACCUGUGCAGGAAGAGGAAGGAACCCAGAUUUCUUGAUGGAAAUUCAGUUAAGCAAGGUGAAAUUCCAGCAUGAAAUAUAUCCAUCAAGUGAAACAGAGGGAGAGAUGAGCAUCUUGGAACAACCAGUGUCCCGUCAAGUGUUUGUGGUUCAAGAUCUUGAGAUCAGAGAUCGUUUGGCUACAUCACAAAUGAACAAAUUUCUUUAUCUCUACUGUAGUAAAGAGAUGCCCAGAAAAGCACAUUCUAAUAUGUUGACAGUGAAAGCAUUGCACGUUCGUCCAGAGUCAGGCAGGUCACCACAAGAAUGUUGCUUACGCGUGUCAUUAAUGCCACUUCGCCUCAAUAUUGACCAGGAUGCUCUGUUUUUUCUGAAGGAUUUUUUCACUAGCCUAUCUACAGAAGUUGAAGUCCUAAUGACCCCAGACCCUGAAGUUAAAAAGCCUCCUGGUGCUGAAGUAACUUGCAGCUUACCUAGGCAUUACAGUGGUUUCAAGGAACCGAGUCCCGUCAUUUCUUUCUCUCUACAAAAAGAGUCAAGUCAAAAUGGAAGCGUUGAUUCUGUGGAUGUGCUUAAUGGUGAUGACCAUAAUUUUGCACAUGAAGAGGCAUCAUUCAGUGAUCAGCCAAUCUUUUUCAGAGAAUUUCGAUUCACAUCAGAAGUUCCAAUACGUCUUGAUUAUCAUGGCAAACAUGUUUCUAUGGAUCAGGGUACAUUAGCUGGAAUCCUGAUUGGUCUUGCUCAGUUAAAUUGCUCUGAACUGAAACUGAAGAGACUUUGCUACCGACAUGGGUUGCUUGGUGUGGAUAAGCUCUUUUCAUACGCCCUCUCAGAAUGGCUUAAUGAUAUCAAGAAAAACCAACUGCCAGGUAUUCUCGGAGGAGUAGGACCAAUGCAUUCACUGGUUCAGUUAGUUCAGGGUCUAAAGGACUUGGUGUGGUUACCAAUAGAACAGUACCGAAAAGAUGGCCGAAUUGUAAGAGGCUUUCAGAGAGGAGCAGCUUCUUUUGGCACUUCGACUGCAAUGGCCGCAUUAGAGUUGACAAACAGAAUGGUCCAGACCAUACAGGCCGCUGCCGAGACAGCUUAUGACAUGGUUUCUCCUGGACCUAGUUUAAUUGAAACAAAAAAGAUCAAACGCCUUUCUCGCUACCGUCUGGCUCAUCAGCCUGUAGAUCUUCGAGAAGGGGUGGCCAAGGCAUAUAGCGUUGUGAAAGAGGGGAUUACUGACACAGCCCACACCAUCUAUGAAACUGCUGCUCGCGAACAUGAGAACAGAGGAGUAACUGGAGCUGUUGGGGGUGUUCUCCGCCAGAUUCCACCAACAGUGGUGAAACCUCUCAUCGUUGCCACAGAAGCAACAUCGAAUGUUUUAGGUGGCAUGAGAAACCAAAUCAGGCCUGAUGUGCGCCAGGAAGAGUCUCAGAAGUGGCGCCUUGGAGAGGACUGAUAGCUUAAACAUGCUUGAGCCACAGAGUUUGGGAAUCCAUCUUAUCCUCAUGGCAGUUUUAAAUGGGGCAUAUCCUUUUAUUAUGCUUGUUUAUCUCAGGAACACAGGAGAUUGUAAAGCUAUUUAAUGUCAAAAAUGAAAUUUUUGAGUAGAGAACAAGCUUGGUA